GCAACAUCCCAACUACUCCAAUCGAUUGAAAAACCAAAACCACGUAGAGAAGGUGUGUCGCUCUGAGCGUAGAUGCAAAAAUCAUAUGUUCCGAGACCCAAGAUAGCAAAAUCUACAAAAUCUGGAAAAAAAAUUUAUGUGGUAUGUAAAUUUUGACGGUUGUAAGAGAGAAGGAAAAACAGGAAGAAGCGCGGUAAGUGCCCACAGCAUGCGAAGCCUUGUCCUUGUGGGGCUCCGGGUUGCGCUCGUGUUUCGCUCGUCCUUUCGGAAACAAAACUCGCACGCCCAUCGAUGUGAGAGAGCGAGCAAAACCGCAGAGGCAGUCGCGCGAACAAAACUCGGCGCCGCAGGCCGCCGCUCAAAUUCCUGCACGCUGCCCGCCAAAAUUCCGUUGCCCGGCGCCCGCCUGAAAUUGACGCUGCCCGCCCCCCGGGCAAAAUUUGACGCCGGGCGCCGCCAAUUUUUCCGCAGCAAGCCUCGGGUCCCCGUUCCGCUGCGGAAAAUUCAAAAUGCAGUUUUGUCAACAAAAUCGCGAAAACCGCCGGAACCACGAAAACCCAUUGAAAUCGCAAUGAAAAUCGGCGCGGAGCAAUUUUGUUUUCGCUCGCGCCACCUAUUUUUCGGGUUUUCGCGAUUUUGUUGCAGUAGUGUAGAUUUUUUUUUCGCGAUUUUGUUUUCUAAUUUCGUUUCGAAAUUAUUUUUCGGAUUUUGUUUUCUAUUUUGUUUCGAAAUUUUGAAGCGGACUUUUUUGUCCCGAUUUCCAUGCGCAAAAUUUGGUCCCGGACUCUCAUGAAAAUUUUGCUGCGAGUCUUUUGCGGCAAAUUUCUUUCAGCGCGGCUGCGUUUCCAAAGCCCUUUUUAAGCUAAAAUCCGGAGUAGUAUUGAGAUAGUGUUGCGGCUGUCCGGUUCGAGACGAUGCUGCACAGGGUGGAGCACGAGCAGCAUAUGCCCAACGGGGUCCGAUGAUCCAGAAUGACUAGAGCCACACCAGGACGCUUGCGUGAUUUCUUUUUUCGUUUUCCCAAUUUUCCCGAUUUUGCUAUCUUGGUUCUCCGGAACAUAUGACAAAAACGCGAGGCGGCGUAAAAAAGGAAGAGUAAGAAAAUUUGAUGACCGUUGUCAGGCUUUCUCACUCGACUUCAACAUCUACAAGCGGGCUUUGAGCGCAGCACAUCACGUUUCUGGAAUUUUUUCCUGCUGGAAGAGGUGGAUCCAUCAAGCAUCCUUCGAAAGUCUGCGCUACAGCAAUUGCUAUAAUCGCGUGGGUACGCCACCACCCAUCAACUUUUUUGCUGGGGACGCAACAAGACCAUUUCCGCCUCCACUCACGACCGGAGGUUCGCGUUGA